AGAGAGGGUAUACGACUCAAUGAUUGGGGCAAAACCACGCUGACCGAUAUAUCUUCCAACCUACACCGCUCAAGAGAUGGCUCUCUGUUCCAAUCGUAAAUGAAAAGGCGUGCCUGUCCAAAAUAUUCAACGUAUAGUUAAAAAAUGGGUGGGUACAUUUUAAACUCGUUUAGGUCCUCUAUGAAGGUAGGCUGCAGCGUGUGUUUAUUGAUGAGAUGAAAGAAGAUGGAAGUGAGAAAUGAAACAAAGUAAGGGAAAAUAUUAAAAAACUCGAAGCCUUGCCGGGGAAAAACCGGGGAAGCUGCAAAACGCUGUCGCCACUGGAGAACAAGCUUAGGACAGCAGCGAUAGUUCUGGAUUGGCUCACGAAGGCACUGCCAGGACAUCAAAUGUGAUCUGGGAUGUCAUUGCCAGGUGGGGAGGUUUCGGAGGCGUCCAGUUUAAAUUGAAAGGGUGGUAUUGAAGAGACCACUGUGGCCCUGUGGCAGAGCGACCUAUGAUAGUGGCAGCAGAGAGGACUGAAGGGACAGCCUAGGACUGGUCUUUCCAUAGCCACCUUCACCAGCAACCUGUAGCAGUGUGCCCUGUGCCUCAUCACCAGCCUCACACACAUCUUCCCAACAAAGAGUCAUCUGACUGUGACAUCUGUUGCAAGGGGAUGACCGAGCGCAUUCAUAACAUCAAUCUCCACAACUUCAGCAAUUCUGUACUUGAGACCCUCAAUGAGCAGCGCAACCGCGGGCACUUCUGUGACGUGACUGUUCGGAUCCAUGGAAGCAUGCUGCGAGCCCACCGCUGCGUGCUGGCCGCUGGGAGCCCCUUCUUUCAGGACAAGCUUCUCCUGGGCUACAGUGACAUUGAGAUCCCCUCGGUGGUCUCGGUGCAGUCCAUCCAGAAGCUGAUAGACUUCAUGUACAGCGGGGUCCUGCGGGUGUCCCAAUCAGAGGCUCUCCAGAUCCUCACUGCUGCCAGCAUCCUGCAGAUCAAGACGGUCAUCGAUGAGUGCACCCGCAUCGUGUCCCAGAAUGUGGGCCUGGCCGGUCCAGGGGGGUUCCCUGUCAACCCAGGGGACUCUGGGCAGGAGACGCCCCGGGGCACACCUGAGUCAGGCACCUCUGGGCCCAGCAGCGAUGCAGAGUCAGGGUACAUGCAGGCCACGUCCCAGCAGAGCCUUGAGCGUGCGUACACAUCGCUGUACUCCUACUCGGGCCUCUCACUGCAGAAUGGAACCCGUGAACGCUCCCACUACGUAACCAGUAUGACAACAAGCUACGACCCAGCCCUUAGCAUGCAGAAGGACCAGCACGACCAAGACCCGCCGUGGAUCACCCGCAUCCAUGAAAGGUCACAGCAGAUGGAACGCUUCCUAUCCACCCCUGAGACCACCCACUGCCGCAAGCAGCCCCGACCGGUACGCAUACAGACAGGAGGCAUUCACAUAAAGCAGGAGGCAGAGGAUGAGUACAGCUGCUAUGGUAUGGAUGAGUGCACAGAGGACACUGACCACGUUGAGGGUGUGGAGACUGAACCGAAGGGUGAAAGCUUUGACUCAGGGGUAAGCUCCUCCAUUGGUACUGAGCCAGACUCCGUGGACCAGCACCAGUACCCCGUGGGCUUUGGGAGGGAAGGAGGUGGAGAGGGGACCCCAGUGCAGAUUGAAGUCGAUGACUCCUCCCCAGAGCAGAUUCAUGAGACGGAGGAAGGGGGCACAUCCCACAGCACUAGCGACAGUAACAUGUUGCAGCCCCUGCCCAACCCAAUCAUGGCCCAGUCUCUGCCAAGUGCCCUACUCUAUAUGCGUCAGGUCGAAUCUCACACCAGCAAUCUGAGGAUGCCGCUCACCAUGACCAGCAACACCCAGGUAAUGGGCAUGGCUGGCAACUCCUACCUGCCCACUCUGUUUCCCACACAGUCGGCCAGCAACAACAAGCCCUUCCUCUUCAGCCUGCAGCAGCCCAUGGGAGGCCAGCAGCCCCAGUUUGUGUCCGGGCCUACCCCUAGUAUGCCCCCCUUCCCUCAGCAAUUGACGGUACAGCAACAGGCAGCGCGGGAACAGCAACAGGCGGCCUCGAUGGGACAGGGGGAGAAGAAGCCCUAUGAGUGCACUCUCUGCACUAAAACCUUUACUGCUAAACAGAACUACGUCAAACACAUGUUUGUGCACACUGGUGAGAAACCACAUCAGUGCAGCAUCUGCUGGCGCUCGUUCUCCCUGAAGGAUUACCUAAUCAAACACAUGGUCACUCACACAGGGGUGCGUGCCUACCAGUGCAGCAUCUGCAACAAACGCUUCACCCAAAAGAGCUCCCUCAACGUCCACAUGCGGCUGCACCGUGGAGAGAAGUCCUAUGAGUGCUACAUCUGCAAGAAGAAGUUCUCUCACAAGACCCUGCUGGAGAGACACAUGGCUCUGCACAGCACAGGGGGCGCCGUCACAGGGCUGUCGGGGGCAGCAGGUGCCGGUGGCCCUGUUUCCAUUCCCAUGGCCGUGCCCGAACCUGGCGCCGGCGUGGUGGCCCUCGCCAUGCCCGUCGGCGGUGGCGCAGGAGUAGGGGGUGGGGUCGGACCAGGAGUGGGUGUGGCUGCGGAGGCAAGCUGCCAAGAAGGGACCACCUACGUGUGCUCCGUCUGCCCUGCCAAGUUCGACCAAAUUGAGCACUUCAAUGACCACAUGCGAAUGCAUGUCUCCGAUGGAUAAGUACAAAUAGAUACACUUCUUUAAAAAAUAUUAAAUGAAAAGAAAAAUGGCACUAGAUUUUUUUUUAUUUUGAGGCAUGAAGAAUAAUCAGUAUAGACACUGGCACAUUAAGUUUCCCAGAAAUGAGUUUUUUUUGUUAUUCUAAAAGAAAAACAAGAUGGUGGCCUUAAGGCUUUGUAGUUUGAUAUUGAUCCACUGGAUGGAUCCUUACUACAGGCCUCUAAAUGUAUGCUUUCCUAAAAUACUGAUUUAUGUGUUGAACACUACCGAAAGGCCUAUGAAAGAAACACACACACAUACACAAAUUCAAACUCACACACCUAUAUACAGUAUAAAUAUAUCUUUGUAUGAGUGUAUGUGUUAAUCUGUGUAUGUGUGUACUUGUGCGUGUGUAUUUGUAUGUGUGCGUGUGUGUGCGUGUGCAAACAUUGCCAUGGAAUUUGGAACAUGGUAAAUGUAAUCCCAUAUUGACCGUUUUGGACACUAUUAGGAGUCCAAGCUUACUGUGGUAUAAUUUUCACAAAAAAAUAUAAAAAAUCUGGCUUGGGCUAAAGAUUCCCUCUGAAAAAUAUUGUUGGUCACAAGUUUGCCUUCUUAUGUAGGGUAAGAAAAGGAGAGUAAUUAAUUUGACACUGGGUUUUUAUUUAUUAUUAUUAAGGUAUUGAGGGAUUACAAUACAGCUGUUGUGAAGGUACAAAUUGAUAUUAAUAAUUGUACUGAAAUGUAACUUCCUGUGAGUGGGUAUAGAAAUGGGUAUUUAGUAUAUGUGUUAUUGUCCAUGCAUUUUGAUGGUUCAGGUUAAGUUUACAAAAUUAGGGUUGUUGAUAAGACAGUAUUUGAGCAAAAAUGUAAUAUUAUUAGGAGUUUAUUUCAUUUGCAUACACUGCCACUAAUAUCUUAGAAGACUGUUAAGGCUAUUAGACCUCUUCCAUUUACAACAUGUGACAUAACAAAAGACUAAAGGUUCUUCUUGACAUAAUGAGGUUAUAAAUGAUUGUUUAGUUCUAUGAAGAGGAUUUGACAUGUGCAGUUGUAGCAGGCUUGAUUGAGUAUGCUACCAGACUCAUCGUGACUGCUGCUUCGCAAUCUGCACCAGACUGUUAUCAGCUGUAGAUUACAACAUGAUUGGUCAAUAUUACUAUUAACGUUUAAAUUAAGAAACUAAAAUAUAUUAUAGGAUAAUGGAAUGGUUUACCAGGAUAGUUUAAGACAGCUGUCAGAUAGAUUACCGGUAAAUUGAGUGAUUCUGUGAACUUGCAUUGGACAAAAAUAUAAUUGUAUGACCUAAAUCUCUGUAUAUCCUGUUCCUAUGGACAUGACACAGCUAUUUGAGCAGGUGGAGAAACUAAAAUGCACUACUCCUGAAAUGUUAGCUCCACCUGGUGGCCCAAAUGGCAUGUCACGUUCGGACAUUUAAUACAGACACCGAGACAGACGAGGCGAGGCAAAAGAAACCACAAUAACAUAUAAUCCCGGUCAAUAAUUACUUCAUAAUAUAACACAACUUGCAGAUGGACUUCCAAGACAAUAAGAUACAUUCCUGAUUUCACAGAUACCUAGACACAGUGUGUACAGUAUAGAUUUGGGAGUAAAGCAAGUGUCACGUCACUCAAAGGCUCUGCUCUGAUAUUUGGCUUACUGUUCAUGCAUUUUAUCCAAACUAAGACACACACGUCUGCCUGCAACUGCAAUCUGAAGAUUUUGCUCAUGUCUUUGAGUAGACACCUUUUUAGUUACCAUGACGAGAUAGUAACUUACCAGAAUUACAGUACAGUCUGAAAACAAUAUGUUGUAGAUAAAAACAAAGUGCUGCUUUGCACAUUUUCUUCAAAUGCCUGUGCUUAAUAUUUUAUUGUUUUACUUAAUAAAUGAAAUUCUAUUAUUUUCAUUUGUUCAUUUUUUAAAGGAAAACAUCUUUCUUAAAAGCUUGAUAAGAGGACUGCAUUAUUUUCUUGCAUAGCCUAUAUGUUGCACUGCUUGAGCCGAUAAGUGCACUACUGUUACCAGAGAUAUUAUAGUUUUAGAGAAAAAUAAUCAUUUUUUAUCUAAUAAUUUGUUGUAGAAUUAACGUGUUAGAAUAGCUUUGUUCCAUUUUACGAUAAGGUCAUUUUAUGUUUCUUAGCUUUUGUUAUCUCUUGUUAUUAUAUGUAUUUACUUGUGCUGUGUUUGUGCAAGCGUUUAGUUCUAUUUAAAUGUGAUCCAUCGUGUGAGCUUGUCUCUGUUUUCAACCUUUUAAUGUAUUCUUUUCAAGAGGUAAUCCCCUUCAACAGCAGUUAUCCCAUUGCAUACAUUAGAACAGAUGCUGAAUUUUCAUACAAAAGCAUUCAUGCCAAACUAAAUCCCCCCCCAAAAGAAAAAAAUAUUUUAUAGUGUCCUUGGACAUAAAUUAUGUGGUUUUUUUUAGAACAAGUUUCUUUAGGAAUUACAGGGUGGGUGGGAGAUUGUACGCAGCUAUUAUUUGCUAUUUGUAAAUUGUACACAAGUCUGCAUCUCUUGUGUUUGUCUGUGUGAGUGUUUGUGUGUGUUGUAUAAUCAAACUGUUGGUGUCCCAAGUGGAGGUGUAAAACCUGAACUGUAGGGCUUCCUUUGCAAUAUGCAGUGCAGGUACUGUGAGACGCAGCUUUAGCUAACCCUCUUGGGCUAAUAAACACAUUUGUUGUGCACAUUUACAAAGACAUCUAUUGAUCAAAUAUUGAUAGUGGUAAAUACAUUGCCCCGAGUGGAAGAAGUGCAUGGCAUCUUGUGCCUAGUGCUUUAGUUAGCUUCAGCUGGUUGAUAUUUGGAUAAGGCCUACCUAAUACUCUUCUAUCAUCUUCACCGUAUUCUAUCUUUGUCUCUUUCAAAUUGAAAACAAGGAAGUGAUGAGGGCUAUUAGUUAGUAAUCAAUCCCAGAGUUUCCUCAUAUCAUCAGAGCGAGGGCCUUGCAUUAUGUUUCAUAGAGUUUCAUCUGGUCACUGAAAUAGCAUGUGGUUGUCAAGUAAAGGGAACAACAUAUGUGACUUGUGAUUGGGCCGCAGUUUGUUAUCCUCUGCUGCAGAGGUCUCUAUCGGGAACACAAGCCUAUAAAUGCUUCUACUCUGUUGCUCCCAUUGCUACUCUGUAGGACCAGGAACUGCAUGUCUGCAUACAAGGUUAAUUGUGUCUGUAGUCUUAGAGGACUCUGUAGUCUCAUGUUUGAUGAGACAAAGUCCUUAACAGAUGGUUACAGUAUGUAAGGAACUGCUGAGAUCUAUUUUGAUCACAUGUUAUUGCUCUGGCAUACAGUUGUUGUUGGUGGUGGUAGUGGUGGUGGUGGUAGUGGUGGUGGUGGUGGUGGUAGGGGUGGUGGUGGUGGUGGUGGUGGUGGUAGAGGGAGUAGUGGUGGAGGUGGUGGUGUUGUCUGCUCUAUGGAACAAUAUAGAAAUGGUCAACCAGCUAGGCAGAGCAGUACAUUCACCAAGUUAGUCCCAGUAAACACAGUAAGAACCAUGCACUGUGAACUAAGUCCAACCUUCAGUUUCAGAAACAGAAUAAUGAAUGCUAAACAAUUUAACCAUCACUUAUUUCUUAUGAAACCAAGACCAGACUAUAGUUGCUUCCAAAUGUAUUAUCAGUGAGAUAAUCUAGCAUUAUUUUGACCACUUUGCAGUCUCUUACAGUCAGCCUAAAUGAUAUUUAUGUAAUAAAUGAAUCAAAUGCACUAUUGACUGUAGAUGUUUUUCUAAAGUACAUCAUUUUCUCGUUGUCAUAGGUUGUGAAAAAAGAUAAUAGCAAAGGAAUAGUUUAAUGUUGGUUUUGAGAUAUUUCGAGAGUGGAUGUGGGCUAUAUAAAUCACCCAUAUUAUCACACAGCUCACGAGAAAGGUACAUUGGAAACAUAACAUAAUCUUUGACAAUACUGAGGUAUAGACCUGUUGGCUCUCCCCUGCCCAUAGAUGGUUGACCUCACUUAUACCUAUGUGUGACUUACAAGCAGACGUUUAGCAUUAGUAUCAUCUUAUGAUACUAUAAAUUGACAUGACUUAAGAACUUUCCAGGAUUUGUUUUCCAACAAUGCCAUGUUUUGUCGGCAGUCCCUCCCUGGCCUUUCUUGUCAUUCUCUCUUUUGUUUGAUUAACUUAUUGUACCAGUGGCUCAUGUCAUUGUGUUCAAUUAAUAGUUAGUUAAAAAGUUGGGAAAACAUGCAAUGCAACCCUGAAAUACGCCCCUGUCGCUGUUGUCCUUGGUUUAUAUACUAUACAGUCAAGAAAGAGUUUAGAAUUUAUGUUUGUAAGAUUACUAUAACAUAAUGUAUUUUUCAGCUAUACAAUAUAUUCACAAGUAUAGAAUUAGUUAGAAUUAAGCCUACAGCUUUUUGUUUGGUGUUUUAACUGUCAUGUUCUUAUAUUUCACGUUUUUACUUAAUUGUAGAGACACAGGAUCAGUUUUGCAGUGUGUUUGAAUCAUCUAUGUGCUUGUGUGUUCCAGGGCUUUAAUUUGCCUAUUUUUCUUGCAACCAUUAUGUACCGGUGCAUUUGUAAAUAGUUUUUAGUUAGUGGGCAAAGGAUAGACAGCCAUUGAGUAAGACAUCGUAGCUUGUCAGAAGCGCCUAUCUUCUCGUUGGACAUGAACCCUCUUUUCAAAUGGGAGAUACUGUACUUUCAGUUGAAGAAAAAAAAUAGGAAAAUAUAACAAACGUAGUGCGAAGACUAAUGUCAGUUACUAGUAUAGCUCUUGUGACUAAGCAGGCUUUUAGAGAAAAACCCAUUCUGUUUAUCUUACAGUUCCUGAUUUACUUUCCUUCAGUGUCCUCACAUUCAUUUUAUUCACUCACCUAGAGUAGUAAUACGUAGUAACUCAGAAACGAACAAUUACCAUGACAGUAAACCUGCUGGCAUACAUUAUACAGAUACAGUCCAACUACAUAAUAUCAGUUGAAUCUAAAGUAUAUAUACACAGUUUUUUAAAUCAAUAUGUUCUUCAUCAACAACUUUAACACAUAUAAUGGAAAGCGUUUGAGAUACAGACAGAAAUGUAACUAUAGGAAUAUGCUUUGAGGGAUAUAAGGAGUAUGCCUAGCUAUCAAGUGCCUAUUUAUACAUUACUAUACUAAAUCUUCAUAAAGUAGUUUUGCUCUCCUACCGUACAUUUUCCAAAUAUAUACAGUAGCUAUAUACACAUGAUAAUCUAUACACAAAUUAUAACAAUAUUUAUACUACUAUAACAGCAAUGUUGGUCACAGUCAUAACACAGUGCAUCCUAAGAAAGCCCUUUAAAAUAUCUUUAUCCUCCUCAAAUCUUCUAUUUAUAUAAGAUAGAUUUGUUAUUAUUUCCUGCUGACAUACUUAGUUUUAUAACUAGUACAUAGGAGAAAACUGCUAAGAUAAACAACUGGAGUUCAUGAACUGUAGUAAAGGUUCGCUUUAAGGGGCCUAGCCAUGAGGCAUUCAACUAACUCUUCUUCAUUAAAACAAUGAGUAAGCAUGUGUAGUAAUAUGAUAUAGUAGCUAGUCCCUAUCUUAAUGUUUGCCAUUACAAAAACACAACAUUGUUUUGUUCGUCUAAAGCUACAGGUAUGUUUCACGAAAGAUUUUGAACAGUUUUGCGUAGUUUGCCCAGGUUUGUAAGCACACCUAAAUUGUCAAGACUUCUGGCUUAUCAGCACCAGCCAUCAUUCUUCUGCCACACUGAAUGUCUAUAAUUACAUUUGGGGGGUUUUUGCUGUUAAAAAUAAUAUAAAUAGUAGUCACUAAACCACUUCUUUUCUUACCUUUCGAUGUUUGUUUUGAUGCAAAAUACCUACCACAAUCAAAUGUUGUCCUUAGACAUAGCCUAGCUGUUCUCUCAUAAUACAGUGAUUAUGAUCUCACAUAAGACAUGCCAGUCAGUUGAGCACAUUCCUUGUGUUUGUUCUCUGGUUGUAGCUCAUAAUGAUGGAUAAAGUGUAUACUAUUGUCUUUGUGCUGGUCGGAAUGUUUCAGACCUAGCAAUCAAUGAUGCUACUCGGUCCCUGCAGCUAGCUACACGUGCGCGCCUACGUUACUGUACUUGAUCAGUGACAUCAGUGCAGUGCUAUAUUUGCUUCAGCUACUACAGCCUACAACAACACAGCAAUAUCAGUUAGAAGUGCAAUCAAGUUUUACAUGAAGAGUACCAAGCAUUUGUCUGAGUGCUAGCUGUAAUUAAAAGUGUCCUUGUAAGCAAGAAUCAGACCGCUAGCAGUCUUGUCAUAAUCUAUCGUUUUAUGAGAGUGUUACUCUACAAUAUGAUUUGGAAUCAAUAUUCACCAAUUGUGUGUCUCUACCUUGAAUUGAUAAGGAAAGUUAGUGUCAUAAAUGAUUAGGACCCAAUACCCGCAGCAUAUCUGAAAUAUGCACAUUCCUGUAAUGUCCAGAACAUUCCUGUCCCUAGUCUGGCCUCACUCUACGAGAUUAUGUUGUCGAUUAUUUCAGACUCAGUAACAAAUGAUGUGACCCCAACAGCCUUACUAGGACAAUAAAUCAAUGACUUUCUUUUCAUUACUUGCUGGUCUGCUCUGCUGGUUCUUUUGUCAUGUGACAUUUACCCCUCUAUGUUGGUUUACGUUUAGUUGAAUCUCCACAAUAAUCAUCCUCACAUUUAUGUUUAUUAUAGUGUCACUGGCUUGCUAAACUGUAUAUGAUUGCAGAUGCGUCUCAGAAAAGCACUGCUUAGCAUCUCUGGCAUUGAUGGUCCCAUCAUUGGAUUUUGUUUAGCUUCUAACCAUAGUGCAGAAUACGCCCCUGCAUAAAGGAAAAUGGCCUGCUUGCUACCAUGGUGUGUUCUUCUGGAACAUGGUGUGUCCUUCUACCUAUCGGAUUGUGUUCCAUAUGCAAUAUAUCUCAAACUCUCCCUUAAAUGUUGUCUCUUAGUUUACGGAGAAUACUGAGUCAUCUAGAAGAUGUGGAGUUUGAAAGGUGCUGAAUAAAAGAGCCUCAACAGUAGCUUGCUUAGCACCUUGAAUAAUUGUCUUGGGGCUUUCAGCAGGUCUCUUGCACUUCUCACAUGUCCAAAAUAUAAUUUAUGUCUAUGGUGAGACUAAGCAACAUGCACUGCACUGUAUUACCCAUAUGUUUUUCUACGUUUGUCUCUCUUUUACCUAAUAGGUUUGGUGAACAUAUUUCUGCCCACUUUCUGCCGUGUACCAGACAUACUUGUGGUCUCAAUCAGCAUGCAAUCAUAUAUAAUUAGUUUGGACAUGCAGAGCUUCCAUUACAAUACGUUGCUUGGUGUUGUUAAAGGUGCCGGUGGUAGUAAUGAUUUGUUGUGAUAUGAAACCAAACCAUCAGGGGGCUAUUGAACAUGUUGGAUGACAUAUGCUUGUUUCCGUAAACACCAAAGAAUGAUAAUAAUAUCACAGUGUCUGAAUUUCAAGCAGAAAGAACAUUAUCUGUUGUGUAAGCGAUAACAAAGACUACCAAGAUGUACGUUCCUAUAAAUUUGUAUGUGUUCAAAUCUGGCAAGAUGGCUAAAAUUAUAUUUUCUUUGAUACUCAAGACAGGGUGCUUGUGAAAAUGCUUUUCUGCGUUUUGUCCUCUGAUCGCUAUUGGUAGACUGUAGUUUAAUUGUUGUGUUAAUGUGCCUACUGUAGACCAAAAUAGCUUUUCUAAAGAAAUUCAGCAAAAUAUAAAAAGAAACCUGACACGUAGUAGUUGUUGUAGAACUAUAGCAUGUUAUAACAUGAAUAAGAUUGUAAAUGUUGCAUUGUUCCUCUGCUUAAAAUUAAUACUCAAUAUCCAUUAGUUAUUUUUUCUACACACACUUAGCAAAUUGAUUUAGGCCUUUCCAAUACACAUUUGAUUUUGUUUGAUUGAUCCGUUUAUCUUUGUUUAAUCCGUUUGUCUGUUAUUCCAGUUUUCAGUCAUUGAUUUCUUCCUUCCGUCUUGUUGAUUUCAAAGCUUUUAUUCUCUGAUAAACUAAAUGCACUGGAUUAGUGGAGAACGGAUACUAAAUUGACAUGCCAUGCACAAUGUAUCUGUUUGUCUGACUAAUAUUCUAAAGACAUCUGUCUCAAAAUGUUAUUCAAACAUAUAGUGGAAGAUCCAUACUGAAUUUAGACUGUUUUUUCAAACUUUGAGGUGGACCAAAAUAUGAGUUGCUUUUGCACAUCCUUGUUCUGCAAUGUGUUGAUGCCAUUGAGUAAAAGAGUAGGAAGAUUAAACUUGCCGCUGCCCAGAACAACCGAACCAAGCAACACAAAGAGGCCUAAAUCUGAUUUAAGGGCAAAUGAUUUAUCCCACAAUACGAUAUUAUAACAUUUUGAUGGCUUACCUAGAGCCUGCUACAGAUACAUUUCCCCCAGAGAGCUUUAAACUCAAAAGCCAGCUGACAUUUGAUGAAUAAUUAAGGCAAAAACAACAAAACAGUGUAAAGAUAUUACUAUUAAUUGAGUUGUAUUAACAUCUUGAUGAGUUGGACCAAAUUUCUUAUCAGUUGGUAGCAUACAGUACAUGAUGUUGAUUACUACAUUAUAUAUUUGUUGUAAUAUGAAUUGUUCAUAUCAAAGAAAAAUGUAAACCGUUGGAAAAUAUGUAUGAGUAAAAUGUCACUUAUUGUGGAGGUAUGACAUCCUUUGUAUGAGUAAAAUGUCACUUAUUGUGGAGGUAUGACAUAAUUUGAAAGUUUUUUUCAAGCUGGAUGUUUGAAAUAUGAUUAGUUAUUUGGGUCAUGCUUCUUUAGUGUGGUAGUUGAAUGAAGUCAGUGUCUACAUUGGUCAUUGUAAGAUCCACUCAGUGAUGAAUCAGAAAGUCAGUAUGCUCCCACAGUACAUGUGUAGAUUUAUGUUACAGAAAGCUUCGGUUUUUAAUCAGAUAUUCAAGCUUUUUUUCUGCCAUCUUAAAGCUGUUUAUUUAACAAAUGUACCUGCAGUGAAAAAUAAGUUGCACUUACACAUAUAUAUAUAUAUAUAUAUAUAUAUAUAUAUAUAUAUAUAUAUAUAUAUAUAUAUAUAUAUAUAUGUGUGUGUGUGUGUGUAUGAACAUGUUUUUAAUUAAGAAUCUUUUGUUAGGUUUUGUUGCCUGCUUUGGCUUCUGAUUUCUUUAUCUUCCUGAUCAAAUACUCCUUAUAUAUUAGAAUAAUAAACUUGGCAGAAGUGGAGCUGUUGUAGUAAAGGUAUAUAACAUCACAAAUAAGCAACCCUGACUUAUAUGCUGCAGUAAUGUUGUUUUUUCAGUUUGUUUUCUUUUAUGUGUGCUCUAAGUUGGUUGGUAUUUUUAUUACUGUUAUGAAACAACCUUGUUUGAAUUGUAAGACUGCUGUUUUGAAAUAGGUGAUGAGUUUUUUUUAUGUAUGUAGGUAGGUAGGUAUGUAGGUAUGUAGGUAGGCUACAAGGAAGUGUCAUACUUUGACUUGUCAAACACUGGACUGGAGUGAGUUUUCCAACAUUUCCAAGUUGAGAGCUACUAUAUGAGACAUGAACCGACUGCACAGAAUAAAGCCUUAUCGCACCCAUUACCUGACAGACAGAGAGGGUCCAACCUGCUACAGAAGGAAUAGUGACUUCUCUGAUUGGAAAUUAUAUUUCCACCAUUUAAUAGAUAAGGUGCUGAAAUAUAUCUGCCAAAAUGUUGCAUUUGUCAGGCUUAUAAAAUCUGGCCAUCAUAAUUUUACAAUAAUGAUUUCAAAAUUCCCUGUUCUAACAAAAUAAGUAAAUGCUAAAAUAUCAAAAGGGAUACCACUUAAUAGCAAUUCAUUAAUCAAAAGAAACCACUUGGUAUAUGUUGUCUUACUAUGUCAAUCAAACAUAUAGAUUGAACCCUGUAGUGAUCUUAAUGUCAGAGUCUUUUUUAGAGCCAACUACCACUUAUCAAACCAGAAAAGAGAUUUGCACUAAACAUAUUUUGGUCUUCGUUGAUGGAAAGCAAUAUGACACAGAACAAUUGACACAUUCUUCAAGCCACAGUAUCUCAAAUAAGAGAGCUGUCUGUGCACAGGGGUAAUGCUGUGUAAAAGGUGAUAUUUGAAAGGUUUGUUGGGGGAAAAAACUGUGUAAAGGUACAGAAUGGAAACUUGUUGUCUUUGAGACGCACAUUAUAAACUUGGACACGCACACAUUGUUGUUCAGAGUUGACAUAUUUGACCAAUCAGAAGUGUCCGAGUCUGAGGUGCAUAGUUUCCUCUUGUGAUUGUUUUGGAGAAAAUGAAACGGCUCUUACUAGCCCUAAAUGAGGGACGGGAAGGAGAGGAGAGCUACAACAUAUCCCAUAAACAUGCAAUCAUUGUAAAAUGUCCUCAUCAAAAAGAUAACUGAACAAAAGGUAAAAAAGGUUUAUGUUACGUAGAAACAUUUUUUUCCCAAAUGAUUCCAACAUAAGACAUUAAACUUCCUCCAUGUUAAAACAUACAGUUUUCUUCACUGAUUUACUCAUUUUUGUUUUAAAACACUCAUAUGAUCUGUAAAGAUUCGAGGUCAGUUCAAGGUCAUUUUUCUGGGAAAUGAUUGAUUAAAAAUAUUUAUGAAAAAAAGACUACAACAUUUGUGUCGUAAAACACUGAUGGAUGGGAAAUGCAACUUUCCUUGUCAAUUGUAACAUCAGUUUCGCCAUCCAAAGAAUCAAAGCCCACCCACAUAUAUUGUAAUUCAUAAUUAUCCAUAAGAAAAUAGACAGAGUAGUGAGGUGAAAUAUUGUUGACGCCUAAAUGUUCUUUAUUGAGAAUUUUAAAUCAUCAAUCAUUUAUGAUAGCAAUCAUGACAACUAUGAUUUUUGGUAUCUGGAAAUAUUAGCUUUCCUGUUAUUAGGCCUACCGUUUUGUGGUGCUGCAGUUUGUCUAAAUAUGUUGCGUGUUAGAGGAAGCAUAAGUAUGUGCCUUCUUGUAAUCUCCUUGGUGAGCUUGUUAUUAUUGAGAAGCUUAAGCCAGCCAAUUGUGUUUGCACUAAAACCAAAUUGCUUUUGUGAUGUAGGCUAUUUAAAGCAAGCUUGUUGCGUCACUUUAACCGUACAGUAUGCAUGAGGGUGAAAUUGGUAAGUGAUAGGGCUAGAGCUCCCAUCUGUUGAACUAGUGCAGCUUAGGGAAUCCCCUGAACAUAUCAGCUUUGUACUGCGUUCAGUUUUUGAUUCCAUCUCAUUCAUUACUCUUCUAAAUUAUCACAGACACAUGUUCCACAGUAAAUAGUCUCUGUGGAAUAUCCACACUCUAAAAGAUAAGUAAAUAACAUAAGAAAUCAAAUACAGCUCUCCUUUUAUAUUUGUUUCAUAUGCCACAGCUGAACAGCUGCAUUACUGUAGUAAGAGAUAUUCAACCAUUCUCUCAGCCCAUGGAGGUGCAUGAUUACAAGAGGUCGCCACGAGACUUGGUCAACGUUAUUUUUAUGUUUUGUGAAAGUUUCUGUUUCUAAGUUAUUUGUGUUUGUUUAAAUCUAAGAGAAAGACCUACAGUACAUGCUUUGAGUCUUACAAAUGCACCUUAUUCAUGUCAGUCUGAGUGGAAAAGACUGGCUAUGUAAUAUCUCUGGUUUAACACCUUACUACACAGCAUGUUUUCACUUUAUGACAGUUUUGCUAUUCUUCCGUGCAUAUGAUUUCCAAAAUAAACCUUAUAUAUUUUGUGAAAAUGUUUAAAGGGAUGUGCCAAAGUUUGGAGGCGAUCUCCCAAGUUUUUAUGCUAAUAAAUUUGUUCUUUCUUCCUCCUUCAGUUAUCACAAUGGUAUGUCAGACCUUUCCUAUCAAUGUGUGAAAGCAAGUUAUUUCAGCAAACAGUAUCAUUACCUGCCAUUUUACAGCAAGCCCUGUAUUUCACGUAUAUUUACCAGUGAUGUGUAUUUGUUAUUAUAAAGAAAAAUAGCCGUAAAGCUUCAUUAUGUUACAUAAUAUUGUGACUUUUUUCGAAAAACUGUGAAGACUUAUCUUGCAUAUACUUUAUACAGAAGUAUUAAGCCUUAAUACAAAAGACUAAAAAAAGUGAGGAAGAAUAAACUGAUUGUUGCUAAGUAAGGAUGAUUUUUUGUAAAUGUUACCAGCACUUUUUUUGUAAUUUUCACUCUGAGGUAUUGUACAAGUUCACGCUGUUUGUGAAGUUUGAUUAUGAAGGAAUAAAAACUAGUACUUUCCUGUA